AUGCAAAGGGAAUUAGAGAUUCUUAUAACCAGGCUCAGGACCAUGACCAUAGUUGAUAACCACGAAGACUACAACUACUUGGUGUCGUGUGCAGAUAAAUACACCAAUAAAGCAAAAAUAUUUGAGCUUCUAAGAAGUAAGAAUAAUCCUCCUGUGGAAGUGGCACCUCUAUUGUUUACAUUUACAUCAAAGCUAGAGCCCGAAUCUGACGAAGAGCUGCUUUCUAGGAUAACAGAUUUUAUCAGAGGAUGCAGAGGAGACUCUCGGGAAACCUCUGAAUGGAUGGUUAAGAUUCUGUUCCUGAUUCUGGAGAAAGUCAAAGAAAAGAGAAAAGACUCAGGAAUAAGAUUAAGACUUCUUGAAUGCAUUAGGAUGUAUGGAGAGGACAUAAGCUUAGUUAAUCACAUGAUUGAUCUUAUGUGCACAAAGAACAGUGGAGAUAUUGUUGGAUCAAUACUUGAAUCCGUUCCUUCUGUAUCAAAGGGGUUUAUUGAAUGUGCCAUGAAACAAGAUAACCCUGUACUGCUGAAGAAUCUAUCUACCGUCCUUUCUCUUCUGUCGGAAAAAGACAUAAGCCUUUUUGUAAAUUACGAAUUCUUCGACGAGCUUCUUGAUUCUGAAUAUUUUUUCAUGAGGAACUGCUUUCUAGAAAUAUGUGUAAACCUUAUGGAGUAUUUUAGGAAGAAAGGGAUGCUUGGAAAGACGAACGGGAUUAUAAACAGAGUUGUGGAAAGGCUGUCAGACACAUACUUUUUGACCAGGUACAAAGCUCUUCAAGCCCUUGAAUGCUUCUUCCAAAAAAAUUCAAUAUCUGUUGAAAGAAGGCAUGAGGUUAUUCGGGAAAUUGGAGGAAGAGUAGCAGAUAAAACUGUUGUUGUUAGAAAGAAAGCCAUUAGUAUCUGCUCAGGCCUACUUAUGAAACAUCCCUUUGCAUCCGGAAAGAAUCUAGAGGCUGAUGGCCAUGAAAAUAAUAUGAACAACUUAGAAGAUGAGAAGAAAGAAUCUGAAAGGGAGCAUUGUGAAGAUCUUAACGCAUUCCAUGAUGUAAUGAGAGAAGUACAGGACAAUAUUCUUGUUCUUUUGAAUGGUGGGGCAAAAUCAGAGAUCAAUGAAUGUAUUGAAUUUAUAAAACUCUCUUUCUACUACAGAAUAGAUGGGUCUAAAGAAGCCUUUGAAUCAUUGUUUGAUCUGGCAUGGACGCAGGAUUUGGAGCUUUUAGUUCUGUCGUUCCGUGAUCUUAUUAUGCAAAUGAAGAUGAACAAUGUUGGCUUGUUCUGGUUCUUUAAGGAAUUUGUAAGAAAAGAAGGAAAUUAUUCUUUUGAAAAGUUGCUUAGAGAGCUUAACUCUCAAGGGUAUAUAGAUAAGUCAUUUACAUCCGAGCUUUGCAAUAUGUUUCUGCAGAAAGGCCAUUUAUUUGAAUCUUCCUAUCUUCUAAGACACAUAGGCAGACCUCUUACUGUGGAAAUGUUUCGCUCCCUGGUUCUAUUGUGCACGGGGCUUUUAUUUUCUGUCGAAGGGGAGAAAGAUUUGAUAGAGAUGCUUUCUGUAUACAAGAACAUAAUCCAGAUCAACAUACGGGAGAGGGUUGAAUUUGAUGGAGAGAUAGUCGAAACACUUAUUAAGAACUUGGCCAAGAUGACUUUCUUCGAACAUCAGGUGGUUGAGAUAACUGUUUCGGUGAUAUAUUCAAUUAGUAGAUUUCCAGAAAAGAGUAGUAUAAUGUUACUUGAGAAGCUUUGCAUGAUGGAAAAAAACAUUCUCAAGGCCGUUUCUGUGGUGGGAUGCAUUGGGCUAAAACACAUGGAAUACCUGGAGAUGUUGGAAAGGCUGGUAAAGUCUAAUAGAAUAAAAGUCAAGGUUGACAAAGCUGUAAUUACUCCGGAAAUAGUAGAAAGAAGAAGAAGCAUUAGUGCAUCCAGACAGAGCAUUAGUACUAUCCUUGAAGAAGACAAUGAUGGAAACAAUACAGUCUUGAACGACUCCGGCCUCGAUAAGGACAUUUCUUCUAAAAUUGGAGACAAGAGUGAGGAGGAGAUUGUUGACUUCUUCUUUUACAUCAAGGAGAAGGAGAUGCUUUAUGGAAAAAGUAUCCUUUCUAUUUUUAAGCAGAUUGUCGAGGAAGGAUGCCAUUCCAGUGACGAAGAAAUUCAAGUUGCUGCAUAUGUUUCUCUUUAUAGGCUCAUGUGUGUCAGUUUUGAAUUCUUUAGUGAGCAUUAUGAGCUCUUUGUUCGUUCAAUGAAUCACUCUGUUUCUAGGAUCAGAGCAAAUGCUGUUGUUGCCAUGGGUGAUUUUCUACUGAACUACAAUACCACUGCAGAGAGACACUCCCACCUCCUUCUCGAAUCUCUCAGAGAUGCAAAUGCUGAUGUCAGGAAAAAUGCUCUUCUUGUAAUCCACAACUUACUUAUGAAGAAUAUUCUCAAGAUCAAGGGACAUGGUACUAAGCUUGCAUUGCUUUUAAUGGAUGAAAGCAUGGAGAUUAAAGAGAUGGCUGAGAAUCUUCUGAUGCAAAUAUCAAAGAAGGAAAACAUGAUGGCUGUUCUGCUCUACGAAACGGUAACUGAAGGAGGUGACCAGCUGCCCCUCGUGAUAGAUUUUCUUGCAGGCUUGAUGAGUGAAAAGCUAAAAGAGAGUUUAUUCCUAAAAGCCUUAAAAUCAAAAGUUAGUGGGGAAGCUUUAAAAGUCCUUCAUAAUGCUUUUAGACUGGAUGAAAGAAUUGCAGGGGAUGGAAUGUUACUAGAAGAACCUAAAUAA